GAUCGCGCGGCAGAGACAAAAGGAUAUCAGUAGGGACGGACAUAGCUGCGAAGGGAAGUAGGGUGUCAGUUUGGGGUGGUGGGCUUCUGGGGGUGGGGGGCGGGCUGAGAAGGGCUAUAUUUAAACUCCCGGAGCCGUUAAGUUGGUUCGUACUUCGAUGCGCGCGCAACCAGGGUGGUGGCGGAGUGCGCCUGCGUGAUUCCAGGGAGCGAGGAACGCGCCCCAGCCGUGCGCGCUCGCGCCGGAGCGGUAGUGGUAGAGGAGAAAGGGGUCGGCGCACGCGCGGUUGAGUCCUCGAGUUGUUCGGGUCUCGCGGGCAUCUUGUUUUGGUCUCGCGGGCGAGUGGGGCGAGCUUUCCGGGGAGGCGCUUGGGCGCGAGACCAGGGGAGACGAGCAGCACCGCGCGCGCACUCGGGGAAGGAGGAGGGGAAGGGAGCGUGGUCUAGGAAGGGGGGUUAAGCCCCCGGCCCCCCCCCACCCCGGUUGCCCUCGACUGGAACGGAAUAAGGGGAGGAAAUGAUCGAGAUGGCGGCGGAGAAGGAGCCGUUUCUGGUGCCGGCCCCACCGCCGCCGCUCAAAGAUGAGUCGGGCGGAGGGGGCGGCCCCACGGUGCAAUCGCACCGAGAGGCCGCCUCCGGGGAGCUCCGCGGCGGGACGCAGCGUGCGCCGGGCCCGCGCGCUCACUCGGCGGGAUCCCCGGCCUCUGGGGCAGGCAAGGAGAGCCCCGGGGCUGCAUCCACCCCUCGAGGCGGUCAGUCACAGCAGCAGCAACGAGGGGGCGGCCCCCCGGCGCAGUCACACGGGGAGGCCUGCUUGUCGGAUCCGCACGGGCGAGCCGCUCCCCCGGACGUGGGGGAGGAGCGACGGGGAGGAGGCGGAACAGAACUGGGCCCCCCUGCUCCUCCUCGACCCCGGAAUGGCUAUCAGCCCCACCGGCCCCCUGGGGGAGGUGGGGGCAAGAGGAGAAAUAGCUGUCAUGUAGGGGGAGGUGGUGGAGGCUUCAAACAUCCGGCCUUCAAGAGACGCAGGCGGGUUAAUUCGGACUGUGACUCUGUCUUACCCUCCAACUUCCUCCUGGGGGGCAAUAUCUUUGAUCCCCUGAACCUGAAUAGUCUCCUGGAUGAGGAAGUGAGCCGUGCACUCAAUGCGGAGACCCCUAAGUCAUCUCCGCUUCCGGCCAAGGGGCGAGAUCCAGUGGAGAUCCUCAUCCCCAAAGAUAUUACAGACCCUCUCAGUCUCAAUACUUGCACUGAUGAGGCCCAAGUUGUCCUUGCUUCGCCACUCAAGACUGGUCGGAAGCGGCAUAGACACCGGGGACAGCACCACCACCAGCAGCAGCAGGCAGCGGGAGGGAAUGAUAGCCACUCCGCGCUGCCCACAGCACCCCCCACUUCCUCACUCCACGGGGAGGGCACCACGCAGCAGCAUGGGGGCCAGAACCGGGAUGCCCCCCAACCCUAUGAACUCAACACAGCCAUCAACUGCAGGGAUGAGGUCGUGUCUCCCCUUCCAUCUGCCCUCCAGGGUCCCUCAGGCUCCCUUUCAGCCCCUCCAGCUGCCUCAGUUACCUCUGCGCCCCCGUCUUCCUCCUCACGACAUCGCAAACGACGCAGGACUUCCAGCAAGUCAGAGGCAGGGGCUAGGGGUGGAGGCCAGGGUUCCAAGGAAAAGGGCCGAGGGAGUGGGGGGGGCCGCCACCACCCCCAGCCACUCCCUGCUGCAACCUUCAAAAGGCAACAGUGCAAGUUCCAGUAUGGGAAUUAUUGCAAGUACUAUGGGUACCGCAAUCCUUCCUGUGAGGAUGGGCGCCUUCGGGUAUUGAAGCCUGAGUGGUUUCGGGGUCGGGACGUCCUCGAUCUGGGCUGCAAUGUGGGCCACCUAACCCUGAGCAUUGCCUGUAAGUGGGGCCCAUCCCGCAUGGUGGGCCUGGAUAUCGAUGCGCAGCUCAUCCACUCAGCCCGCCAGAACAUCCGACACUACCUGUCUGAAGAGCUGCGUCUGCCACCCCAGACUUCUGAGGGGGGCCCAGGAGCAGAGAGUGAGGAAGGGACCGCAGCCGUCCGAAAAAGGAGCUACUUCCCAGCCUCACUGACAGCCAGCCGUGGUCCCAUCGCUGCACCCCAAGUGCCCUUGGAUGGAGCCGACACAGCGGUCUUCCCCAACAACGUUGUCUUCGUCACGGGUAACUAUGUGCUUGAUCGAGACGAACUGGUGGAGGCCCAGAAACCCGAGUAUGAUGUGGUGCUCUGCCUCAGCCUCACCAAGUGGGUACAUCUCAACUGGGGAGACGAGGGGCUGAAGCGCAUGUUUCGCAGGAUUUAUCGGCACCUGCGUCCUGGGGGCAUCCUAGUCCUGGAGCCCCAGCCUUGGUCUUCCUACGGCCGGAGAAAGACUCUCACAGAAAGAAUCUACAAAAACUACUUUCGAAUUCAGCUGAAGCCAGAGCAGUUCAGUUCCUACCUGACAUCCCCAGAGGUGGGCUUCUCCAGCUAUGAGCUCGUGGCCACACCCAACAACACCUCCAGAGGCUUCCAGCGUCCUGUGUACCUGUUCCACAAGGCCCAGUCCCCCAGCCACUAAGUGGCCCCCUGAACAGAAAGUGUGAAGAAGCUGCCUGCUGCUCCAAAGGACCUAGGGGGAGAGGAAAGUAUCUCAAGGUCUUUCCUUUCUGGCUCCAAAAAUAGUUUCCUCUCCUGGAUCUGCAGAGAAAGCUUUUCCUGUGUUGCUGCCCCAGCCUCUUCCCUACACCUCUGGCACCUAAGCAGCAAGCCCAGCUGUGCUGGAACCACCAUCUUCCUCUCCCCCAGCCCACUGGGCUGGAUGGCAUGGACUGUUUGCUGACCUCUGUUCUCCUAGGGCAUGGGAGGUGGGGGGUAUCAAGUUCUCUGGCCUCUUCCUCCUGUUCUACCAAGGAGACUCAUUUCUCCUUAGCCCUUGUCCUCAGCUGUGUUUCAACGGACCACGGAUAGAUGGGCUGAGGAUUAAGAGGGGGACAGCGGUGGGGAGGCAUGCAGGUACUGUGAAAAUCCUUCCCUCUGCUGUCCCCCACAGGGAGAGGUGGUUGGGUUCAGAAUGUGAGAACAGCACAAUAAACUUGAUGUUUAGGGCAGUGGCCCCCACA